AUACGUCACGUUGGGUGCAUUGCGAGUGCUAAUGCUCGCUGGGUCACGAGUGCGCUAGGAAAUUGUAUUUUCAAACCUCAGUGAAUUUAACUCUGCGAUAUCGAGUCAUUGAAACCAAAACAUUGAGGAGACAAACAUGAUUACCGUUGUUGAAGAAUUCCUCGACGAUCUUCGUGGAGGCAGGAUGAAUGACUCGCCUAUAGUGAGGGUGGCGCAGGGGCAGCUUCAGGGACGACUGGCUAGCUCACCCACCGGAAGAGCCUUUUAUAGUUUCCAAGGUAUACCAUACGCGAAGCCACCCAUCGGUUCUUUGAGAUUCAAGGCGCCCCAACCUCCGGAGUCAUGGGAGGGAAUCCGGGAUGCUACUUCAGAAGGCAACGUCUGCGCUCAGAUGGACCUGUAUAGUCAAAACCAGUAUACAGGAGAUGAGAACUGCUUGUUCCUUAACGUGUACACUCCCAGCAUUGACGGGGAGUUACUCCCAGUCAUGAUCUAUAUACACGGUGGCUACUUCGCUUACGGUUCGGGAAAUUCAAAUCAGCACGGCGCGGAUUAUCUGGUCGAGAAAGACGUUGUGGUCGUCACAAUCAAUUAUAGAUGUGGGGCGUUGGGUUUCCUAAGCUUGAACACUCCAGAGGUGCCGGGAAAUGCCGGCUUGAAAGAUAUGGUCCAAGCUAUUAGAUGGAUCAAAGAAAACAUCAAAAGUUUUGGCGGGAACGCUGAAAAUUUAACAGUUUUCGGCAACAGCGCUGGCGGUGCGAGCACAACUUUACUCACAGCCAGCCCGCUGUCGAAAAACCUCUUCGGCAAAGCAAUCUCCCAAUCAGGAACAGCGUUGAAUUUCUGGGUGUUCCAGAAGAAUGCUCUAGAAAACGCCAAAAGUUUAGCAAAGGAAUUGGGCUGUGAGUCGUCUAACACGGACGAAAUCCUGGAAUUCCUCUCAACGACUCCAGUAAGAGACGUCGUGGAGGCGGCUAACGCUAUCAACUCAGUAGAAAUCCUCUUGAAAACUCGUAACAACAAGUUUGGUCCCGUCAUUGAGAAAGAGUUCCCUGGUGUCGAGGCUUUCCUCACAGAAGCAUUCUUCGACCUACUGAUAUCUGGUCGCGUCGCAGACAUUCCAAUCAUGAUAGGCACAACUUCUCUUGAAAUCACCAUAGACGCGGAUGUCACCGAUCUACAAGUCUUCAUCCCAGAUAUUUUGCAUAUUGAGAGGAAUUCGCCCGAAUCUUUGGCCAUUGCGGACCAGAUCCAACGGCUAUACUUCAAGGGAACCCCGACUCCAGAGGAGAUAAGCCAGCUGCUAUCCGACGUUACCUUCAACGUGGACGUGUACAGGUACAUUCAGUACUUGGUGAACGUCACCAACAGGCCGAUAUACCACUAUAAGUUCGAUUAUAUCGGUGACCUGAACGUGGCGCACAAGUUGUUGAAAAGUAUCGGACUCAAGGACAAUGCUUGCCAACAUUUGGACGAAUUGGGUUAUCUGUUCAGGAACGAUCUCCACAAGGACAUCGUAGAAAACCCUCAAGAUAUUAAAAUGAGGGAACGUCUUGUAAGAUUGUGGACUAACUUUGCUAAAUAUGGAAACCCCACUCCGGAUAAGAACCACUACCUGACGGUCACGUGGUUGCCAGUGACCAAAGACAAACUUAAUUACAUACACCUCAGCAACGAACUAUCAAUAAACUCGGAUCCUGACAAGGAAAAAAUGGAAUUUUGGGACAAUUUGUACGUAAAAUAUUUCAAAAUAUGGGACCAACCGUCGGUUAACCAAGAGCCAACUAUAGAUACCACCCCGGUUAUAGUACAAGAGACCAUAGUCACGACCGUGACUACAGUUGUGGAUAGUUAUGAAGAAGAAAAGGUCGAAGGUCACGUGUCGGUUGAUGUACAGGACACAGCAGGUGUUCCAGAACAAGACGUACUCGUCAUAGAGAACCUGGAGAUAAAAGACUCGGUCCAAGACGACGAGGCGGUUAACGAAAAUCAGAACGGCAGCGUAGAUGUACAGCAAGAAGUAGAAAUAGAAGAGAGACAAGAAGACAUACAGAAGAAUGGCAUCAAUAUAGUUGAGAUACAGGAGAAAUUCCAAAAUCAGAACGGCGAUUACAAAUUUAACGGAAACGUCGAAAGGAAACCGCGGCCGUCCAACGAGAUCAAGAUGGUCCAGAACAGCAACAUCAACCCUAAAGACGUGAUCAGGGCCAACGACCCGCCCGAGGACGACCUCCCCAAAAACAUCGGCGUCAACAAGUUCGUCAACUUCUUCGAGUCCCUCGGCGGCAAGAAGUAGGCGGACCCCACUCCACGGGUCCGAGGCAUUUAUCUAAUAGAAACUUAAGAUAUUCUGUGUAAAUACGUGGUACUGUGAUUCCAAGUGCCUUCGCUCCCGUUCAUGUUAGCAGUCGUAGUCCACACAGAGGUCGGAAUAUUGCAGAAUGUGUUAAAUUCUCGUCAUAAAAAUUAUCUAGCGGGCCUAGGUGCAUCAGCUAUAUACGUAUAUAUUAACUAUAGUACGCGUAAUGAAAAUUGGGAAAAAAAAAGUCAUUUUUAUUAUACAUAUAUAUAUAUAUAUAUAUACAUUAGUUUUUAAGAACAUUAUUUAUUUAAUACACACUAAACAUUCAAUUCUUAAUCAAACUUUCAUUGUAGAUAACAAGUGCCAAUUUGAUUUUAAUUAUUGCAUAUUAAAAUAGCAUUUUUUUUAUAUAUAUAUAAUAAAUAAUUGAAAUUAA